AUGCUUGUAAUGAAUGCCAUGCGUCUAAGGUCAGGAAUAUUCAACAUCCUCCCCGGUCCCUUCAAAAUAUUCAUUUCGAGUAGGUCAGAUGUAGCGGAGAACGUACAGGAUGUCGCCGAUGUGUAUGCAACCAACAAACAUGCACCUACAGUGUUUCCAUGGUGGGGAAAGUUCAAGGCCAUCGUAGGCGAACAUCCCCUAAUAAGGAUGCAGCAAUCACUGGUGCGGACUCUAGGCAAAUCUGGUGAUCAGACACCGAAUACUCAAACGCCAAUGGUACCAGUGGCAACUGUACAGGUCACACAAGACGUCACUGUCGGUAGUCAUUCGAGUAACGACCAAAAUGAUGCAGCUGUGGAGGAUAGUACCAAUGUUUGUCGUUCACCUAAGCAAUGUAACUGCAUCACUCUUCCGGAGGAAAAUCAUGGCAAAUCUACCGUGAGCUCUUCACCCGAGGAUUUCUCGAGGUUGUCAAAUAUGGAGACUUAUCUAGGCACUCCUAUGAUUGAACAUGAAUUCUUAUGGGAUUUUGGUUCCGAUGAAGGACAAGACGUCUUCAAUUCGGUAGGGCUUGAGAAACCCUCUAGUGUAGGUACUGCGAAUGACUCCGGAUAUGGAGAUUCGGAAUUUGAUUUUUCAAUUCAUGAAGUAACCUCCACUAUCAACUCCCAUCAUGAUUUUAGGAGUCCCAAGAGGCAAAGAACAAGUCCAGUGCCGACUCCACCAAUCCCCGAGCCACAACUCUUUGAGAAACGGCCUCAUUCCGAAUCAUCUGACAAACAACCUCAACAGUCUCAGAUAGACACGCCAUGGAUGUCUCAGUCCCAGCUUUAUACGCGGCCAACAGUUUUAAUGCGGCAUCACAACAGCUACUCCCGUGAGAUAAAUGACUAUUCGGAGAAUAGUCCUUCGUUGGGUGCAGAUUCCGGUAUUAAUCGUGGUUUCAUCUCUCACCCGAUGGCCGGUCAAACGAAUAGAACUCAUCCUAGUUUGGAUCACAUGUCACAGAAUACACGAGAUGAUUCCCUCUCAUUUACGGCCCGAUCUCAACACCUACCCUUUGCUAUCUCUCCCCCAAUCGUAUCAUCCGAAGCUUCUUGCCGGUUCACAUCGAAAUGCUUCACAAUGAUCAGCAAACUCCAGAAAUUACUUCGAGAUCCUUCGUCACUAUCCCUCGAUGUAAUUCUCGCGACCAAUAAAAGUGUAGUGUCGGAGCUAUCCCAAAUAUUCGACAGCACACCGGGACUAAACACAACAAGAACUACUAGCCCGGAAGACUACGCAUCCGUUCACUCUGGGAGCCAGCCCGAUAAUAGCUACAAUAUAUCUCCAUCCAUGGAUUUUACGCUUCUCAUGCUCUACGUGAUUACUUUAAAACAUAUCCACGACCUCUAUUCACAAGCCUGCGUCAUGUUCAUGCAACAUGACCUCACCAAACGAACUCCCUCCAUUUCUUCUCCACGAAACACAUCUUCGAUUCCCAAUUCUCCUCCCCCAAAUACAUUUGGACUUCCGCAACUCGAUUUCGGUACGUUCAAGAUCGAUAUUGCGGACCAGAGGAGACUGUUCUCGGAGAUAAUAGCGAAGGAGCUCAGCAACUGCCUGAGUACUUGUACGAGGGUAAGGAGUUGUUUCUUGAUGCAGCCUGGCGAUAUAAGUGCACCUACAGGAUUAAUGGAAGAGACAUUUUUGGGUAUUGAAGAGGGAUUGCAGAGGAUGAUGAAGCAGAUGAAGAUUUGA